AUGGAAUCCAUCCCAAAUCAGCUGCCGGCUGGAAGAGACUCCAGCUGUUCGCCGAACUCUAAACAAGACUUGCAGUCUUACUCUGGGCCAACACUUAAGCCGAACCAAGUCAGUGAGACCUCUUUAUAUGGAAUACCGAUCGUUUCACUAGUCAUAGAUGGUCAAGAGAGACUUUGCCUAGCCCAAAUAUCCAACACUCUCCUGAAGAACUACAGCUAUAACGAAAUCCACAACCGGCGCGUGGCCCUGGGCAUCACUUGUGUGCAGUGCACUCCGGUCCAGCUGGAGAUUCUCAGGCGCGCAGGGGCUAUGCCUAUUUCCUCGAGACGCUGCGGGAUGAUUACAAAGCGAGAGGCCGAGAGGCUCUGCAAGUCGUUUCUGGGCGCCCACAGCCCACCGAAAUUACCAGAAAAUUUCGCUUUUGACGUGUCGCACGAAUGCGCGUGGGGCAGCCGGGGCAAUUUCAUCCCGGCCAGAUACAACAGCUCGAGAGCGAAGUGCAUUAAGUGUUCGUUCUGCAACUUGUAUUUUUCUCCAAACAAGUUCAUCUUUCACUCUCAUCGCACGCCGGAGUCCAAAUACACGCAACCCGACGCAGCAAACUUCAAUUCGUGGAGAAGACACUUAAAACUAACCGAUAAAAACUCACCGGACGACGUGUCCCAUGCCUGGGAAGACGUCAAAGCCAUGUUUAACGGUGGCAGCCGCAAGAGGACGCUGCCAAUCGGUGGGUCUGAUCGUUCGUCCUCGCUUAGUACGCAAGUACCGAGAGGUCAGACCCAGAGGGAACCGUCUGAGGUGCCCCACAAAACGCUCCGAUGUGAGGAUGACAGGGGGAACGUGACGAUGCCGAGCAGCAUACGCAGUUACCCCGUUAUUCCGGUGCCCAGUAAGAGUUUUGGGAUGUUGCAGAAAAUUCCACCACCGCUCUUUCCACAUCCAUACGGAUUCCCGGCGUUUGGAUUGUGUCAGAAGAAGGAUGACGGUGUGGUGAUGGGAGAGCCAAACAAAACAAACCUAUCAGGUGUGUUCUGGCCGAGCGCGAAGGACAGUGCCUAUCCCUCCUUUCCGAUGUUUUGGCCUGCAACAGGCAGUUUGGCCAUGCCAACAUACCACCAUGCCCAGCCUAAACCUCCACCUGACGUGUUGUGCACUAGACAUAGUGAGCUAGACGUGUCAGAGCAAAGUGACCGAAGCACGAGCACCCCUAAAGACAGUCUACUUGAUAACGAACGGUGUUCCAGCACUCAGUCCACCAGAAACGAGGAGGAUAAAUCUGGGGAUGAGAGCAGGUCUAUAGAAGGGAUGCCAGCCACCCCAAGAAAAAUAAGCUACAUAUCUGCAUUCAGGCCGGUUGUUAAAGAUGUUGAGAGCAUCGCAAAGCUAUACGGAAACAGGGGUCCGUAUUCUGGUCCUCGAUCUGGUUAUAUGUCACCAGAUUUCUUGAGUGAAAGUUCUAGUUAUAGAUCAGUGUCUCCGGACGUGGACAGCGUGGACGAUCCGGAUGUGGAUGUGGAGUCACAUAAAGUGCACGAGGACGAGGAGUGUUUGCAGCUGACUGUGGAUGACCGGCGGAGUCCUCACGGUUUGACCGUAGCGCAAAGUGACGGGGUAAAAGAUCAAGACCAGGACAAUAGCCAAAUGCACACCGUGAGUGAUCUACACACGACGAAUUCAAGUGAAACGCGGUCGUCUGAUUUGGAGAGUCACGGCAAUAAACACACGACGCGCUUUGAAGUCUAUUCAGGUGAACGAGACGAGCACGUGCAUCAAAUGAGCACAUCUUAUUUUGGUUCAAAGACCACUUACCAACGCGAACCGAGUGUUAAAGACGUGCACGAAGAAGAACCUUCAUCUACGGUGGAAGAGAUGGAACCCAAAAAUCAUCAGGAUCAAACCAACAUCAAUGAGGAGCGCCUGAAGGAACCAAAUGAAGACGAGGAAUCAGUGCGCAAGGACACUGGCAGCAGGGUCUCCUUAAUUGAGAAAAACAUAGAGAGCAUGGCCAAAGAGGAAUUGCAGAAACAACUCGUGGAACAAGUUGAGCUUAGAAAAAAGUUGGAGCGUGAAUUCCAGAAUCUAAAAGACAGUUUUCAAGACCAAAUGAAAAGAGAGCUCUCAUACAGAGAGGAAAUGGUGCAGCAACUCCAGAUUGUUCGAGAAGCUCACGACGCACUACACCAUUUCUCGUGUAAGAUGCUGACUCCCCGUCACUGCGCUGGGACCUGCACCUUCAAACCUCCUCUUCUACCGCCUUGAUGGACACCUAUUGAAGACAUAAGUGUGCUUUAGAAAUACUGCUGUGUCAAAUAAAACUUUUCUUUUUUCCCUCUGCAAAACACUGUCAACCUUUAGACCUGGAAUAAGCAAGUGUGUACUGUAGUAUUUUAGCUCUUACACUGUAAUGAAGUCAUUUUCAUUUGCAAAAGAGUGUUUUCAGAGUCACUGUAUGUACUGUA